ACAUGGCGGCUUAAGGGCUUUCAUUGUAAGACAUCUAAUUAAAUUUUGGAGAUCAUUAACUUUUGUCCAGUGAGGGAAAAUUUAACGAGUUUAUUUGACACUGUAAAACCAUGGGAAAGAAGCACAAGAGUAAAAAACAUCAUAAGAAAGGCACUGAUGCCAGUGAAGAGAAACCCGAUAGGUCAGAGAAAGCUGAGAAAGGAGAAAAGCCGAUCAAACUUGUUCUUAAAGUUGGGAGUAACCAAGAAAAAGUUGCUGCCAAGCAAGAGUCGCCAAGUUUAGCAAGCAGGACCUCGCUAAAUCCAGACAAAAUGAAAUCUAAAGAACACUCCUCCAAAAAGAAAAAGAAAAAGAGAUCGUCUUCAAGAGAAAGAAAGAAACCCAAGAUGGACCAUGCUUCUAGCGCUUGUGCUUCACCCUCAUCUGUUGGUGGCCAUGAAAGAUCAAAGAAGAAAAGAGACAGACUUGAGAUGGAAGCAGAAAGUAGCAGUGUCAUUGAAGCAGAAAGACCAAUCAAGAAAAUCUAUAUUAAACCAAUUGAACCUCCAGUCAGGAACAUUCCAGAGGCUAUAAAAGUCAGUGGUCAUGUACGAGAACCAGAGAUCUCACCAUUGCAGCUAUGUUUGGAAAAUGUACAUCGUACUCUUCAGAGAAAGGAUACCCAGGGAUUCUUUGCCUACCCUGUGAAUGACACCAUAGCACCAGGUUAUUCCAACAUCAUCACACACCCAAUGGACUUCAGCUCCAUGAAAUACAAGAUUGAUUCCAAUGAUUAUUAUUCCAUCGAGCAGUUUAGGGAUGAUUUCUACUUGAUGUGUAACAAUGCAAUGGUUUACAAUGCACCAGAGACAAUAUACUACAAAGCAGCCAAAAAGCUACUUCAAACAGGAGUAAAACUUUUAUCACCAGAGAAAGUGAGGAAUAUGUAUCGCAGCAUUGGGUUUCCUGUAACAGAUUAUGAAGGUAAUGAAUCUGAUGGACGUGGUUCUGAUGAACCAAUUGAUGUUGACACAAUAGACACAGAGGAAAACCAUGUACCACAGUCAACUAAAAGGACUAAGCCAAGGAGUGAUCCAAAGCACACCUCUGCGAGUAGGAAAAUUCUGGCCCAGGUUCAGGAAGCAUCAAAACGUAUGGCAGCUGAGUUGGAGGCAAAACACGCCAAUAGUAAGGUCGGUUUUCUACGGCGAGACAAAGAUGGAACUACGACUUUAGCUGUAGUUAACCCAGUGGACUCUGAAGUUCCAGAGUAUCGUAACGUUAAUCUCGGGGCACAACUUGGUAAAGUGGUCAACGGCUCACACACGACUGCUGGCUUCAAGGAAGACAAGAGAAACAAGGCCACACCCGUUUCAUACUUGAUGUACGGACCGUAUGGCUCUUUCGCCCCCACCUACGACUCUUCGAGAGCCACAAUAACAAAAGAACACUCAGACUUGCUGUACAGCACGUAUGGUGAUGACACUGGCAUACAUUACGCCAAAAGUCUUCAAGCGUUUGUAAAAGACGCUUCCUCGUUCUCACAUGAAGCUGUGGAUAGGCUGCUGGAUGUUCUGACGGAAGGAGCACAUUCUAAAUACGUGAAACAUAUUGCUGAGAAAGAGAAGGCCGAGGAAGAAAGACAGGUUAAAGAGAAUCAAAACAGUGAGCAAAAACCGGUGGUUGCAGCUAAAUCAAGCGAGAAGAGCCAAGAUGUCAAUAAAACAGUCGCUGUUUCCACCGCCGGAACGAGUGUGAAUUCUAAGCCUACUUCAACAACUUCGACUUCAGACUCUUCGUCUUCUGCGGAUCAUGUGAAGCAGAAUCUAAAAGAUCUUACCGCACAGGCUUGUCCGGAAGAUGUCACCUCGCUUGGAGGUUUACGUGCUGCUAUCGGCGUAGGACUGGUACCCAAUCUUACGUCAAACCAGCGGCAGAAGUCCGAAGGAAUCACUGCGAGCGAUAAGAGCGGUCCUGAAACUCUCGCCGAUUCUUCUGAGCAAGCCGUGGACACUACGGAUUCUGCAUUGAAGACAUCUUUGGAACAGACUUGAGGCAAUCCUACACCUGCAUAUACUUUUACUCUUAGGCCCUAUUUAUUAACCAUUUAAAACCAAAAAACGCCGAUCCCUACAGUAUAUUUUAAAAAUGUUUAACAUUAUAAAGUGCCAGUUUUUAA